AUGUCCAAGGCAGACACAAGCGAGCCCUUUUAUGUGCGCUACUAUUCUGGCCAUUCUGGUCGAUUUGGUCAUGAAUUCUUAGAGUUCGACUUCCGGGUAAUUGGUGAUGGAAGAAGCGCAGUGGCAAGAUAUGCCAACAACUCCAACUACCGCAACGAUUCCCUUAUUCGCAAAGAGAUGUCGGUCAGCGCACUCCUGAUUUCUGAGAUCAAGCGCAUCAUCAAAGACAGCGAGAUCAUGAAGGAAGAUGAUUCGCGAUGGCCUCAAAAGAACAAGGACGGAAGACAAGAGUUGGAAAUUCGAGUCGGAAGCGACCAUAUACAAUUUGAGACAGCAAAGAUUGGAUCACUGGGCGAUGUGACGGACUCUGCAGACCCGGAAGGAUUGAGAGUGUUUUAUUACCUAGUGCAGGAUCUUAAGGCUCUGGUAUUCUCGUUAAUUUCGCUGCACUUCAAGAUCAAGCCCAUCUAG